GGACGUCCCAAGGAUUCCAGAAAGAACUAACGUAAGUGAGAGGGCGGUAGUUGGGCGGAGCGUCGCAGUAACUACAAGCAGAAGCAGACCGCUUUGAAAGCACAGCGGAUAGAAAUUGUGAAAACAGCAGGCUCGCUAUCUACAACAAGGUGGUCUUUCCAACCAUAUUUCGAAUAAACGAGGGAGCCAACAGACCUGGUGAUGAACGGUGACUCAGGUGCUGUGGUGGUGACUGCCCUCCCGCCCACCACCGCCCCCCACAAGGAGCGCUACUUUGACCGUGUGGAUGAAAGCAGCCCGGAGUACCAGCGUGAGAGGAACAUGGCUCCAGACCUCAGACAGGACUUCAACAUGAUGGAGCAGAGGAAGAGGGUCUCCAUGAUCCUGCAGAGCCCGGCGUUUUGUGAUGAGCUGGAUACGAUGAUUCAGGACCAGCUGAAGAGGGGAAAGACCCCCACCAGCCUGUUGGCCCUGCAGCAGAUAGCUGACUUCAUGACCACCAGUAUCCCCUCCAUGUACCCCGCAGCGCCACAGGGAGGCAUGGCUGCACUCAGCAUGAGUCUGGGUAUGGUAACUCCAGUGAAUGACCUGCGUGGAUCUGACUCGAUCUCCUAUGAGAAAGGAGAGAAACUGCUUCGUUGUAAGCUGGCUGCCUUCUACCGUCUGACAGACCUCUUUGGCUGGUCCCAGCUCAUCUACAACCACUUAACCGUCAGGGUGAAUUCAGAUCAGGAGAGGUUCAUUGUUGUCCCUUUUGGGCUUCUGUACAGUGAAGUCUCCGCCUCAAGUCUGGUGAAGAUUAAUAUACAAGGGGAGAUUGUGGACCGGGGGAGCACCAAUCUAGGUGUCAACCAGGCUGGCUUCACUCUCCACUCAGCCAUCUACGCGGCCCGGCCAGACGUCAAGUGCAUUGUGCACGUCCACACACCGGCAGGAGCUGCAGUGUCGGCCAUGAAGUGUGGCCUGUUACCCAUCUCUCCAGAGGCCCUGAACCUGGGGGAGGUGGCCUACCAUGACUACCACGGCAUCCUCAUAGACAAAGAGGAGAACGUCCUCAUACAGAAGAACCUGGGGCCAACCAGCAAGGUUCUGAUCCUGAGAAACCAUGGUCUGGUGUCUGUUGGGGAGACUGUGGAGGAAGCCUUCUACUAUAUCCACAACCUGGUCACUGCAUGUGAGAUCCAGGUGCGCACCCUAGCCAGUGCUGGAGGACCUGGUAACCUGGUGAUGCUGGACCCUGCUAAGUACAAAUCCCGGCCACGGUGCUCUGAGCAUGUCGAGGGCUCCACACACCCAAAGUGGCUGGUCGGGGAGCAGGAGUUUGAGGCUUACAUGAGGAUGCUGGAUAACCUGGGUUACAGGACAGGCUACCCUUACAGGUGCCCUGCCCUGCGAGACAAAGCUAAAAAGUUCGGCAGCGGCGUAGAGAUCGCUCCCUCAGCCACGGGCUCUUCCUAUGCCGAGGACAGUGACUCGGGCGCUCGCUCCCCUCUCAAGCACAGCGUUCAGAGGCAGCAGCGUGACAAGACCCGCUGGCUCAACUCGGGCCGGCCGGAAGAGGCCUACGAGGAAGGGCCCGACGGUGGCAGCCCCAAGUCGAAGACUAAGGUGUGGACGAACAUUACACACGAUCACGUCAAACCCUUGCUGCGGUCUCUCUCGUCCGGUGUCUGCGUGCCAAGCUGUAUUACCAACUGCUUGUGGACGAAUGAGGAAGGGAUGCGACAGGCUGCAGUGGCCAAUCAGUUUGUCCCGCUCAACACAAACCCCAAGGAGGUGCUGGAGAUGAGGAACAAGAUCCGAGAGCAGAACCUUAAGGACAUCAAGACGGCAGGGCCUGAGUCCCAGGUGCUGUGUGCUGGAAGCAUGGUGGACCGCUCCUUUGUCCAGGGAGAGCUGGUGACGGCGUCUAAGGCCAUCAUAGAGAAGGAGUACCAGCCCAGAGUCAUCAUCAACCAGAAAGGCCCCAACCCCUUCAACAAGCAGUUCGACCAGGAGCUGGAGGAAUACCGCAAGGAGGUGGAACUCAAACAGAAAGGACCCGAUGUACAGGGUGAAGGGUCCUCCACAGCCAGCACACAGCUUCCUUCACCUGGGCCUGGGGAGGGAGGCCUGUCCCCCUCGACCUCCCCACAGAAGCCUGCACUGAAGCCAAAGCCCCUCUGUGUCCCAGAGAAGGGACUGGAGGUCUCAGAGACCCCCUCCACGGCCACCCCUACCACCACCACCUCUUUCCCCAGCCGAGACACCCUGACACAGUCGGAGGAUGGUCAGGAGAGCCCUGGGACGUCCACAGGGUCGGGGCCCAAGGGCUACGGGGGAGAUUCCCGCCCAGAGUCUCCUCACAAGGAUUUUCACUGUGCCGUGCUGAAGGCCCUCAGGACCGCCAACARAGAACUGGCUGCCCUCACCCUCCUUGAGGCUCCAGAUGCGUUACCGGAGCCUGAGGAAGAGGUGAAGGGUCAGAGUCAGACCUGCACGCCCCCCAGCACCCCUGUCAGAGCAGAGGAAGAGCCCCAGCCGGAGCACACCUAUAAGGACGAGAGUGACCAGGCUACACUGAGACAGACCCUCCCUGACCUGUCCCAAGACAACCAACCCUCCGACACCCCAGCCCCCACCCUCCCCGCCAAAGACCCCACUCCUGCCCCUCCCGCCACCACUGAGGGGGAGGAGCCUGCUGACGCUUCCGCCGCCGGCAACCAAGACUGUGAACAGGACGGUGACGAAUAUCCCAGCAAAUCACCUUCCAAGAAGAAGAAGACGUUCCGCACUCCCUCCUUCCUCAAGAAAAACAAAAAGAAGAUGGAAGAAAAGGAACAAAAAGCAAAGGAAACCUAGAUGAGACUUCCGCCUGCACACCCCUCUCACGCUUUGUAACCCUUUGCUUCCCCUUGAGCGAGCCGCAACCCACAUAAUUUGAUGAUGCUUUUUAUAAUUUGUUUGUCUGGCAUUAUAACUUUGUGGGCACCUCCUAGUGUGUGCUAAUUUUCUAUAAAAAAAGGGUCAAAAUCACUUACGAAGUUUUAAUAGGUCGCUUUCAUUGGUGAAUGACUGUGCAUUCAGUCUGGUUCAGUUUUUUUUUUUUUUUUUACAGGGACAGUGCACAUUAAUCAACGUUUCAGUAAAAGUGCCGGUUUUAGCCAGCCGGCUAAUUUUCAACCUCAGUCCCUGGGCAGGUUAUUAGUGUAGCUUGUUACUCAUGCUGUCUAUUUAGGCCCACUACUUGGAGUGAGCAUUGCAUUUUUAUUUUCAUAUUCUUUUAUUUUUAUUUUUUAUAGUUACUGAAACUCGAUUAACCACUACAAUGUUUUGGGAUUGUAUCAGUGUCCCCCCC